AUGGCUCCUCCUCCCAAUCUCCACCCUCUAGACUCUCCCCUCGAACUGGAUCUAUCCUAUCCUCUCUAUCAAGCUUCUGUCCCGGCGCGAAUGCCGAGGAACCACUCCGAUGAGAUGAUAGAGAGGAACCCUUACCGGCGUUUAAGCUUUGGCUCCUUUAGUCUCGGAUCCAGCUUUGAUGGAGCCGAAGAAACAAGCCUAAUUUUCGUCGGUUACCCCGGCGAGACACCUCCGGGUCUUCACGGCCUUGGUAAUCUGCUUUCCGUCGUUCUCUAUGAUGUAUGGCGAGUUCUCUAA